AUGUCGUUUGGUGGCAGGACCGAUUUGCCAUCCGUGGCAGGAGAGCAGAGAUAUGCAAUCCGUCUGGAGGCCAAAUUGCUAAGACAUGGAAGUCCUGUUGUCCUUACAGGAAACCUCACAAGACUGGCCAGCCAGAAAGUGGCAUUUUCAGUAUCCUUGAUUAACCUGCUGAAGGAUGCUGCGUCCUUUGCAGUGUGUUUCGAGAAAAAGGCAGAUAAUGAGCUAAAGCAUUAUUCCCUGGAAGCAGAAACCCACAUUCCCGGCGUUUUUGGAUCUCACGUCAUUUUUCUUCUGCAAAAACGAGGACAAGUCUGGUCCAACAUCCUGAGAAUUAAAUAUGGAUUGUUUGGUCUCUUUGUACCAUGAAGACACUGCAACCCAGUUGCACUCCCGCUUGGAGGCUAACUACGGGAAACACUGGGAUGAAAUCAACAAUAUGAGGAAGGUGAUCAUCAGCCAGACGUUCAAAAAUCAUUCGCAGGCCACUCUGAGGAGCUACUUCAUGGAGUUUGUGAUCCAAGUGCCUGAAAAAAAUCUGGAUUACAGGACCCGGCUGCAGCAUUCCAGUUCUUCCCACCCUUCUCUACAAAGCAGCACCAGUUUCAAGGUGAAUUAUAACAACCGCAUCCUUUUCAUAGCCGAUCUGCAGUGGAAAAAUGUUUCGGGCCGUUUGCUGAAGAAGUGGGAAGGUACAUUCAACAUGGACACACCCUGGCUGUAUCUGUAUGCCACCCACAAGUUCCACCAAUUCCAGCGUUCGGCUUUCUUCACCGCUGUUGAAUUAACCGCCAGUAAAGCAUUUGUUGUCAAGGGUUUAACCGUGGAGCUCUACUGUAAAGAUGAUGACACGCAGAAGGAAGGCAGAAUUGAGAUCCGCACAUCGACCACUACCUAUCUGAGAGCUAAUCAAGAGCUGGAAGUGAAACUGAAAAUCAGUCACAAAGAAGUACUAAGCUUCCUGGGAAAAUACCAAAAUAAAUCUAGCAUGGGCCAAUCCCGCCAUCUGAUACAGCUGGAUAUCACCCAUUCACUCCAGGUAAUCCAACAGUUCAACACUUGGCUUAAUGGACCAGACUCUGGAUUUGAACUCUACCCUCAAUUUCUUCAACAGAAUUGGCAUCCGCUAAGUCUCCCCAUUCCACAAAGUCUUCUUCUCCAGGAAACAUUCACGGUGAACAAGAAGGAGAAGCACUACUCUUUGGAAACCAGACUGGUGAUUGACGAGCGGGAAGUCUCCAUUCUAACGCUCACCUUGGGCUAUCCGGCUAAACAUCCAUAUAUAUGCGCAAGAUUGACUCAUCCGUAUAACCGUGGCAUUUUUCCUCAAAAUAUGGAAACAUGCAUCAUGAUGAGAAAUCUCACCCAGGCUGCAGUUGACAUCAUCAGUAAAAUUGAAUCAGCAUUCCUUCCAGGUGGGCAUUUCAGGAUCCAAGGAGCAGAAAGCCCGCGUGGUGAACCUCCAUGGCCAUGUGCGGCACAACCUUGAAAGCGUACGGCUCAUCAUCCCUCAAGCUCUUUCCCUGAAUAGCUCCCUGAAGCAACGAAACAAUAUGAAUGAAGGACUUCCCAAGGAAAGUAGCACCAAGGCCAUGUAUGCUCACAACAGUACUUACCAGAGACUAACUGUGGAUCUUCAAGGGGGCAACCAGAAGAUUAGUGUCAUAUUUGGAGUUGAGAAGUUGCAUCCAGAAGCACUUCAAACCCAGUUGGCAAAUCAAUCUUUAGAGGCAUCACUAAGAACAUUGCUCCAUGGACCAGAUGUGGCUAACAACUCGGGGCCCAGUGUAAUAAGGGAAAUCUUUUCGAAUAGUAGUUUUGCUCCGCUGUGUAACCACACAGCAUGCAACCUGGAAAUCAGCUUCAGUCAUGCUUGGCCUUAUCUUACGUCUCUGGGCCUCGCCCAAGAGAAUAGGGUGAAAAUGGCCAUCACAAGAGGAGACCCACACAGCGUCCUUCUAGAAAUCACCCUGGGAAAUGGCCAGUGGAUGGGCCAUGGGGCACUGAGUGCUGAGGCUGGAGGGACAGCUGCUGAAUGGAGGGUGAUUUUUCUGAACAAAUCUGACUCUUUGGAG